AUGCCUGUUGGCGCUGUUGAGACAUCUCUGGAAUUCGUACCUGCGCGUCUUCCUGAGGCUGUCACGAUGAAGCCUGGCGCUUAUGAUGUUGUAAUAGGCGAGAGCGACAAUUCCGACGGUUCUAGCUUCGAUGGAAACGGCACAGCGAACGGCAUUGCGGAAACGACAGAGUCCGAAGCGGAAACCGAAUCUGCGAGCAGCACGUCCGCUUCGGCCAGCGAGACUGAGUCCAGCGAUGAGAGUAGUGAUGACGAGGAUACAAGCGGGUCCAACCAAUUUAGUGCCAGCGCCCGUAGUGCUGCGCCCAGCGAUUCGGACGAAAGCGACAGCGAGAUCGAAUCGCGCACUGCCACGCCCCGGCCGCCGGUGCUCGCGGCAAACCACUUCUAUGCAUUCAACGAGAAUCUAAAAGACCAAGGCUCCCGCUCUAAUCGUAUUUACAAAUCCUGGCAGCCGUCUGCUUCGGCUCCGGUCGGAUUGGAGAAUCGUGGUGUGACCUGCUACAUGAAUGCAGCCAUGCAGUUAUUGUUUCAUCUGCCGGCUAUUGGGCGUUAUCUUGUUGAAGUAUCCCAGGGCAAGCAUAACAAUGUGAAAACCUCGAGCGUCACUGCCGAACUCGCAAAACUGUUCCGCAGGCUCACUGAAGGAAAAAAGAAGUCCAGUGUUUACCCCACACGCAUGAUCCAGCGCCUUGAAGACAUCAAUUGCAUGAUGUCCGAGUGGGAGCAAGAAGACUCGCACGAGUAUUUAAUGUCGUUGCUUGGCCGUUUACAAGAAGAUAGCACGCCGAAAGGCGAAAAAUUGAGGUCGUCGAUUAUGCACGACAUAUUUGGCGGCACGGUUGAGCAGCAAGUUACUUGUCGUAAUUGCGGGCACGUUUCGACCACUAAUCAAGACUUUUACGAUAUUCCUGUGUCGUUUUCGCGAUCCGAACGCAAACAGGGCAAGUACACGUUAUCGCAGUCUGUCGAGGACUUCUUCAGCCCAGAGGUGAUCAAGCCUAAGGACAAAGAAGGCUAUCAAUGCGAAAAAUGCAAGCAAAUUACAAAGGCAAUCAAACAGAAUGCCAUUCAGGAUGCCCCCGAGUAUCUUACGGUGCACAUCAAAAGGUUCAAGUUUUCGGGGUCGCUGGGUCAAAAAGUAAAAGAUCAAAUGCUGUAUCCGCUGGACUUGGAUCUUACUGCAUACUCAAAAACUGAGGAACCUCUCAGGUACUCGCUGGUAGGUGUCAUUGUUCAUGAGGGUCGCACGCUGUCCUCUGGUCAUUAUAUCGCUAUCGUAAAGCAACCUAAUAUGAAAUGGUACGAAUAUGACGACGACAUUGUGCGCAAGGUCUCAGACUCCUACGUGAAGAAUCAGGAAAAUGCUUAUAUUCUCGUCUACUCGAGACUAGCCGCCAGACAGCCGGCCCGCCGGGCAAAGCGACCUGCUGAACCAGAUCUCCCUACGCCCAAGCGUCCGGCCAAGGGGGUCAAAAAGACAGCAAAAACACACACGUCUCCGAAGCGUAAAAAUUCAUUACCCCGGGGUCGCGAUAAGGCCUUAAUUGUUGCAACCCGAGCACAGGAACAAGCGCGAAAAUCACAUACACAGGUGAGCGCCGAGAUUGAUGCGAUUUUUGGUCGAAAGUAG